UGCACAAGACACUUCUCUCCCUCUUCUCUCAGGAAGCUACAACAGCUAAAAUGUACAGAGCCACGGUGUUGCUAUUGCUAUUGCUACUUAGCACCACCAGUCAUGUUGCCUUCUCGGUGACCGACGGUUUGUUGCCAAAUGGGGACUUUGAGCAUGGACCAAAGCCAGGGCAAAUGAAAGGAACACUAGUAACAGCAAAGAAUGCUAUCCCUAACUGGGAAAUUUCAGGCUACGUUGAAUACAUAAAAUCAGGUCAAAAACAAGGUGACAUGCUGCUAGUUGUGCCUGAUGGAGCCUUUGCAGUUAGAUUAGGCAAUCAAGCAUCCAUAAAGCAGAAGAUUAAUGUCACAAAGAACAGCUUUUACUCUAUAACUUUUAAUGUAGCUCGCACCUGUGCCCAGGAGGAGAAGCUAAACGUUUCUGUUUCUCCAAAUUCUGAACCAAAUGAUUGGGGAAUCCUGCCAAUGCAAACAAUGUAUAGCAGCAAAGGAUGGGAUUCAUAUGCUUGGGGUUUCCAGGCUGAUGCUUCUGAAGUUGAGAUCACUAUCCAUCAUCCAGGUGUGGAGGAGGACCCUGCCUGCGGCCCACUGAUUGAUUCUGUAGCACUGAAGUUUCUAUCUAAUCCCAAACGUACUAGAGGGAACUUGCUAAAGAAUGGAAAUUUUGAAGAGGGACCAUAUAUGUUCCCCAACACAGACUGGGGAGUCCUAAUUCCACCAAACAUUGAAGAUGACCACAGCCCUUUACCUGGUUGGAUGAUUGAAUCUCUCAAGGCAGUGAAGUACAUAGACUUCGAUCACUUUUCAGUUCCAGAAGGCGAACGAGCCAUUGAACUUAUGGCAGGAAAAGAAAGUGCCCUUGCACAAGUAGUUAAGACUAUACCUGGAAAGACCUAUGAACUAACCUUCAAUGUAGGUGAUGCUAACAAUUCAUGCGAAGGAUCCAUGGCAAUAGAGGCAUAUGCAGGUAAGGAUAAAAUAGAAGUUCCUUAUCAAUCCAAGGGCACAGGAGGGUUCAAGCGUGCCAGAUUCCAGUUCAAUGCCGUUUCAACACGCACAAGGGUUGUGUUCCUGAGCUCAUUUUACACCAUGAAUCAAUCUGGUUCACUUUGUGGACCUGUAUUAGAUGAUGUGAAGUUGGUUAGUGCUCGUAAACCUCGGCGUCUUCUGUGAUCAAGUUUAAUUAGUUGCAUUGCUUAUGCAAUUGUGUUGUCGAUCCAUUUGAGCUUUAAUUAUGCAAUUAGUGAUCAAUAUAUCAUAUACUAUAGGAUUCUUGUAAUGUGUUAAGGAGAUGGCUUGAUGUGUUCAGAAUUAAUAUUCCCUUUAAUGCAUCUACUAUGCAUUUUA